CUAUAACGAAAACAAUGUGAAGAAACCUAAAGUUAUAAAAUGACCCCAGCCUUAUAAAGUGGAGAUAUCAGAAACUCAAGCCAAGCUAGAAGAAACAACUGAGGCAACCUUAACGUGAGAAGAAAGAUGUCCAAUACUUCUAAAGCUCUAGGAUAUGAAAAUGUAGACACAUUUAUGGAGGAAUGCCUGAGAGAAAAAUCACCUGAGGAAGCUAAAAAGUUUUACGCAAACUGGGCUGCCAACUAUGACAAUGAAGUAAAAGAAGUUGAGUACAACGGACCCGAAUUAUUUGCGAAAUCCUUUCCAAAGUUGAAUGUACCACGAAAUGCCGAAAUCAUAGACAUAGCAGCUGGAACGGGAGCUCUCGGAGAAAAGUUGAAUGCAAUGGGUUACAAGUAUAUCGAUGCUUUGGAUGGAACACCAGAGAUGUUAGAUAUCGCCAGAAAGAAAAAUGUAUACAGAAAUUUCUGCCAGUUCCUCAUGGGGUGUGGUUAUGAGUCGCCAAUCAAAGAUGGUACUUACGACGUAGCAAUAUCGUGUGGAGCAAUUGGACAAGGACAUAUUCCAUACAAUGCUUUCUAUGAAAUUAUUGCCAUGGUAAAACAAGGGGGCUUAAUUUGUUGGCUGGCGAAUGAUCCUUCUGAAGGAGAAGAUGAAGAAAGCUUCAAGACUGUGAUGGCUGACUUAACAGACAGCGGGAAGUGGAAAGUUUUUCAAGAGCCAAUUCGCCUUGAAUAUUUUUAUCGAAAAGAUUCUGCUUUUUUUCGCGUUAUGCAAAAACUGUAACUCGAAUUUUCAGAGUGAAACACUAUCGGCAUUUUUCACAGCUUUCUC